CUUCGUACUUGGCCUAUUGUUCGUCCCUCGCCCCACUUGCCGCAUGGCAUGGCAACAGUCAAUCAGCCCCGCAGGCGUCACUGGUCGCCUUCUGGAAAACCCGCCCGUCAUCCAGCAAGCAUCUGUCAACCUCCAACACCUCGUCCUGCGACCACGUCCGACCAGCUCAGCGCUUCAUUCUUACGGCAUCGACCCCAAGGUUAGGUUGCAGGCACACCCCCGUUUGAGCUGAAGAGGGCGCCAUAGCCUCGGCCCGCGCCAUCUCCGCCCGCAAUGUCCAUCCCUCCCCAGCUCAUCCGCGUCAAACGCAAGAGGGUCGACGAGGCGCCCGUCCAGUUCCUGCGUAUGAUUUCUAUCCCUGUUCCUCCCACCGCGCCCGCACCCCGACUGACCUCUUCUCCAGAGUUUGACGCCUCUCAGAAGCGUCAUCGCAGUGGCAACUGGGCUUAUCAGCGGCGACAGCCAGCCGCCUACCCCGUCCGUGCGGACAAGCCCGUCAUCCACCUAUCCCGGCCCGAAGAUGCCUCACCCCCAACAAAGAAGCACCAGGCCGUGCGUCACUCGCUUGACGCGGCCGUAGCCGAUCAAUCAACUGCUGACGAGGCUGCGGCCGGUCAUUCACCUACCCGACCGGCUUUGGCGGAACCUCGCCGCUUUCGAGUGUCGCGUUCGGCAACCUUGUCCGCGGGCAAGAACCAGGCGCAGAGUGCCGGCGUCUCCAAACGGGACCGAUAUGGCCCCGCUGUUUUUGUCGAGGGGACCAGGAGAAAGAAGUUGGCCCGCAAGAGUCUUGCUGUGGUGCAUGAAGCAGUGACACAGUCAGACAUGAUGCCCCCGCCGUCCACGGAUGGACCAGCCGUUGGUGUGCAACAGAAGGACCUGAAGCGCCCAGGGGUCAGAAAGAAGGCCGCAACCGACUCCGCCAAAGAUGUCCCGACACAUAGGCCGCUCCCCGAUUCGAUCAAGAACAGGCAAGAUGGCAACUUGGAUAAGAUCGCGGCGGACAUGGACCGAUGGGUCCUGGACGAGAUCGGUGCAAACCUCCACGGCAUGGAGCGGGACAAGCAGUUGGCCCAAAGGCCCCGUUUCAAACCCAAAGCGCCGGCCAAGAGGUUUCACGAACGCCAUCCUGAGUUUGCACAGACGUCUCAGCCCCGCGAGUCCGCAGAAGUCACCAUGACUGAUGCUAGUGACGACAACGCCGAGGAGGACGAUGACGAUUGGGUCAUUGAGGAAUACGUCCGAGUCCCUGCCUUGUCCAUAUCCACGGACGUGCCGGCUACAGAUAUAGGCGUUCUGGACCUGGACGACGACGAGGAUAGUGCCCUCUUGUUCGGCCCGUUGCCGGAAGAUGACGAUGAUGCCGAUGAAGAAGACGAAGACGAGAAUGCCGAGAACCACUACACUGCAGAUUAUCCUGAAGAUGAGGUCGAAUCAGACGACGAGUUUGGACGUCACGCCUACCUCUAUCGCAACACCAAUGCCUCAGACGAGGAGGAGUUUGAUAACGCAUACUAUAGUGACGGAGACAAGCAGGAUGAGGACGAGGAGGUCAGACUCAAGAACAACGAGGACGAUGACGACGAUGUGCGCAUGGCGCGCAUUCGGGCGUACAUGAAACGCCACUCAGCCUUUCCCUGAGUAGGCAUUGCUGAAUCCUUCGUCGUCGCCGCCCGUGUUGCGAGCGUGACAAACACUGCGUGUCAUUCGGCCUGGCCCAACAGCAAAUGCACUGGCACAUACAUGGGCGCGCGCUUGCGGACAGGACAUGACUGCAUGCAUGCGCAUGCAUCGCCACGGCCCUCACAUGAGAGCCAACAGCUGUGCCCCGCCACAGAACACGCCCCCCUCAUCAGCUUUCUUCGGGGCGCACAGUUGCGCGCCGUCAACGGCCAUGGGCCGGGCGGCUGUCGAAAUGCCACGGCUGUGUAACCAUGCACAGGAGGGGAAGAAGUUCAAGGCCAAACUUGCUUGGGUGGCCCAAUUAUAAGUCUCCAUACUCAGCCACCCUCUUCUUUUGUUGGCCCGCAUCGCAAACCUGGGUGGGCGUCCUUCUGCGAGACCGGGCGUCCAACGAUGAUGAUCUGUCUGCAGCGCGAUUUGAGGCGGGGGACAGGCAACGGACCAACGGACCAACAUCCCCCGAGGCCUAUCUUGCAGCCGCCACAGGCGGUGGGAUGAAUGACUACCGUGAUUGAUCGUUGCCCGACGCGAUGGCAACGAAAGGUUGGGGGGCCACGAGUGGCGAAACUGUGGACGAGUAUCGGCUGGUCCAAGGCCGCUCAACGACCUAUUAGUUGAAUUAUAUCGCCCCGUCUCAAGAGACGCACACGCAAACUUGAAUGAUUGUGAGCGACCGGUGGAGACGCCCAACUAUACAAGAAUCGUGCACUUUCCCGUGGGCACACUGGGAGUUGCCACCACGUGGUUCUCGUGAAGCGACCCUCUGGUGAGGAUACUCUCAGCCCGCAUGACCAGGCCGCUGUUGCCCCAAGGCCUGGCUGCCUAUGUUGGGUACCUAGUUGUUGUGCGGAUGUUGGACACUUGAAACGUGAAGGAUGGAAGCAGAGCAGGCUAGGCAACCGCAUCUCGAAAGAGGUAUGCGAGCACCGUCCGGC